GAGAGAGAUACGUAUUAAUAAAUUAAGUAGGUUGGGGUAUAAAAGAUACUCAGUUUCAACAUAUAUUAGUUAAAGUGUAUUUAUUUGAAAUGACCGAAAAUACAAUGAAUAGUGGUGAUACUCCAUUGGAAGAUUUGGGAUAUAGUGCACCUAAAGUGGUGGCAGUGUUUUUAGUUAAGUUUGAUACAACUAUUGGUUAUACGCUUGCUUGGUCCAAAUGUAAUCCAGGUAUCAAUCUCGAAGGAUUAGAAUAUAAAAGUUUACCUUCGGGGUUACAUGAAACAUCAUCAGACACUGUCCUAUUAACUCAUUCUAUUGGAACUAAAAAAUAUUAUGGUUACACUAAAUUUUCACAAAAUGAUUCUCAACUUGCAACAAAUCAAUCAGUUAAUCGUAAAGAUGUUAAAAUGUUCUCCUUGGGUAUAUUGUGUGAUCCAUCAAUUGAUUCUACUUUACAAUGGAAACCCAAUGAGUUUUCCAGUAAUGGAUGGGAAUAUAUGGAUGACGUUUCGUCUACUCUAGAAUCAUUUGUUAAACAAUCAAAUUUGGAUGAUUUUGAUAUUUUGAAAACUUUAUUCAAUUCGUUACAACAAAAGAAACCAAUCCCAUUAAAAUCAGGCAUUGAAAAUCAUUUACUUCAUCGACUUCCAUGUAUGUUACAAACUUUAGGUCCUUUAGUGUUUUGUUUGUAUAAACAAGCAUUACUUCGUAAACGUAUACUUUUCUUUAAUCAAAAUCAUUCUAAAGUGACAAAUUUGGAUUCAGGUGCAUUUUCAUAUAUUCUUUCAUUAUUAUCAGUGGUACCAAAGGGGGUUGAAUCAUUAAUUGGAGGGUUGAGACAUAAUCAAGAAUAUAUUCUUUAUUCUCAACCAAUUUAUAACGUUGGAUUACAUGAUUUAGAAGGAGAAUUGAUUGGAUCUACUUCAUGUAUCGGGAGUACUAAUGAUGCCAUCUUAAUGUACCAAUCAAAUAUAUUCGACUAUGCAGUAAUGUUACCCAAUGAUGAAAUAAAGGAUCCUUUUAUUGUAUCAUCUUCAAUAUUAGCUUCAAAUCAUGGACAUACUCCUACACCAUUAGAUUCAAGUUUGAAAGCUACUUUAAAAGAUUAUUACAAGUUUAAACUUGUAUAUAAAGAAUUUUUCAAUCAUAAUAAUAAUAAGAAUAAUAAUAAUAAUAAAGAUCAAGUGCCUAAUCUGGAUGAUCAAGCAUCUAUUAAAACUAAAAGUUCUACAUUUUCACAAAGAUUUGGAGCACAAUUUCUCAAUAAAUUUGAUUCAAAUGAUUCCAAUCAUAAAGAUGAUAUAGAAGAACCAUUAUGGUGGCUUGAGUCUGCCACAUCUCCAAUGUCUUGGAGAGAAUAUAUCUGGUCAGCAUUUUCUUGGUUUGCUAGUGCAGGAACCGUUAGCAAUGGAGAAAAUAAUAUCGAAGACAAUAAUAUUGAAUAUGAUCAAAGAAAUGAUGAAAGAAAUGAUGAAGAAUUAAAGACUAGAUUUUUAGAAUUGGUUGAAAUUGUUGAUAAAUUUCACAAGUUAACUAAAAAAUGGUUUUAUUUAGUUAAUGAAAUUGUACUUGAACAAGUUGAAGAAAAUAGAGUUCAAUUAGUUAAUGGGGAAAACGAAACAUUGAUUGAAGGUCCAAAAUUAAAGCUUGAACUUACUUAUCAAGAUAUUGUGGAUAUGGAAUUAGAUCCAUAUUCUCAUGAAGAUAUUGAAUUUGUUAAAGAAUUUGUGCUUUUAUACUGGGGAGAAUUGGUCGAUUCUGUUGAAGUAGGAUUAGGAAUUCUGGGAAUUUGUUGUUAAAUAUUUAAGCUAAAAUCUUACGGAAUACAUGAAAAGGCAUGGACUGUAAAUCUAGGAAUCUAUAGUAAUUAAAACAGAAAAAAAAACAAUAAAAAAAGAAAAAAAGAAAGG